UUCCGGCUGGAGCGGACAUCUUGUGGAAGCUCUGCAGUGAAGACGAGACAGCGGGAGAGGGACGAGCGGAGCUGGAAGCGGCAGAAAACGUCAGCUAAGCUAGCUAAGGCAGUCAGAGCAAGAGGAAGGCGGAGGAAAAUAAAACCACCAGCUUACCGGUGAUCGUUGGUGUGUUUUUUGAUCACCGUUGAUUGAGUCACACACAGAGUGAAAAGCGUGGCAGUUAGUUGUCUACCGAGCUACCCGUUUUUAUUUGCCUGGCGAUUUCAACUCGGAACAGAUUGCCCCCGGGUAACCCCACAGAGAGAGAGAAUGGCGCUGAAGCGAAUUCACAAGGAGCUUAAUGACUUGGCACGUGACCCCCCCGCACAGUGUUCCGCAGGCCCGGUUGGAGACGACAUGUUUCACUGGCAGGCUACAAUCAUGGGACCUAACGACAGUCCAUAUCAGGGUGGUGUUUUCUUCUUGACAAUUCAUUUCCCCACAGACUACCCUUUCAAACCACCGAAGGUUGCAUUUACCACAAGAAUUUAUCAUCCUAAUAUUAACAGUAAUGGCAGCAUCUGUCUCGAUAUUCUAAGAUCACAGUGGUCUCCUGCAUUAACUAUUUCUAAAGUUCUUUUGUCCAUUUGUUCACUGUUAUGUGAUCCAAACCCAGAUGACCCUCUAGUGCCAGAGAUCGCACGCAUCUACAAAACAGAUAAUGAAAAGUAUAAUAGACUAGCACGGGAAUGGACAGAGAAGUAUGCAAUGCUUUAGGGUACAACAGAAUAGCGCGGGAAUGGACUCAGAAGUACGCAAUGUGAUGCCACCUUGCGCAAGUCAGAACAACCUGCAUUAUAGCUGGAAUAAACUUUCAAUUACUGGUUUCUUUUUUUGGUUCUUAUUCGGCUGCUCCCUGUAUCAAACCGUAUCUAGGUUUUUUAUUAUUAUUAUUAUUUUUGCCCCACAUUCAUUCACAUGCUCUUACAAGAAGAUAGCGUCUCUGACCUGGUUUUCUUGAGUUUUUAAAAUGUAGUUUUCCAUUGAAAGUUUCCCAUGGUUCUUUCUGAACUCUAAAUGGAGCAUGUGGCCAUAAAAAGGCCAACACAUCACCCCAGCCACUCGGUUAUGAGGCUAUAA